AUGCAAACUCCUCCUGCAAGACGAGCACCGCCAGUGUUUCGAGCGAUUCCAGACAAGGAACCAAUUGUUAGGCUUGAAAAGUCCAACAUCUUGCUAAUUGGUCCAUCAGGAGUUGGGAAAACUUUCCUCACUCAAACUUUGGCCAGAAUACUUGAUGUUCCCAUCGCUCUUUGUGACUGCACGUCUAUGACGCAAGCUGGGUAUGUUGGUGAGGACGUGGAAAGCGUGAUUCAGAAGCUAGUACAAACGGCCGGCGGAAAUGCAGAGAAAGCUCAGCAGGGUAUCGUUUUUCUCGAUGAAAUAGACAAAAUAGCGGCAGCUCACGAGGGACAUUCUCCUGCGUAUCGUGAUGUUAGUGGUGAAGGUGUUCAACACGCUCUUCUCAAAUUGGUUGAGGGUACGGUAGUAAAUGUGAAGAGUGGGCGAAAAAGUGUUGGUGCGCAGCAGGAUACUGUUCAGGUUGAUACUUCUGAUAUCCUUUUCGUUGCAUCCGGUGCAUUCAAUAACUUGGACAAAAUUGUGGCUCGUCGACUCGACAAGAAAAGUUUGGGAUUUGGAGGGAUUCGUUCUUCGGUGAACUUCCGCCAAGCACGGAAACGGGACUAUUUGCUAUCCAGAGCCGAUCAAGGCGACCUAAUCAAUUUCGGAAUUGUUCCCGAAUUAGUGGGACGAUUUCCAGUGCUCGUACCGUUCCACUCAUUCGAUCAAGACAUGUUAGUUCGUGUGCUCACGGAACCACAGAAUUCACUACUUACUCAGUUAAAGUUGCAGUUUGCUAUUGAUAAUGUAGAUCUUUCCUUUUCCUCAGAAGCUUUACAACAAGUUGCACAGUUGGCUUUGGAAAGGAAAACAGGAGCUCGGGCAUUACGUUCGAUCCUCGAAGGAGUGCUGCUUGAUGCGAAGUUUACAGUUCCAGGCAGUGAUAUUGAGUCGAUACAUGUCACACGGGAAGCGGUACUAGGAGAAGCUGAAGUGGAGUAUACGAGGCGGGUAGUUGAGAACAAACAAGCAGUGUCGGCUAUGUAG